UCUUGUACACACAGUCUGCCUAGCAGGCGGGCGACGGCAGACCUGGCUCUACCAGUCGAGGGACGGAUGGUGAAGUGAGUGGUUGUGUGUGAACUGCGUAAAUGUUGCGUGUGGACGCGGACUGUUGCGGUUCGCAGCAAAUCCAUAGAGCGUUUCUUCCUCGUAAACUUAGUAAAGGAUACAAAAGUUCGUUAUACGGAUUCUUGUAAUAGGUGAAAUUUAUCAGUAAAUAUAUAAUUUUAAACCUCACAAUGUUAUGAGUACACUUGGGAAGAAUAGUGUUUGUACUUUGAACCGUGAUAUAUUUUAGCAUGUAUUUCUGAGUAAACGGUUAUGUUUCAUACAGCAGAUCUUCUUCAUAACAUUAUGCGGAACAUGUUUGAAAUGUCUUUUAUAUACCGGUAUGAGGUUUAAACUAAGCGUGACUAACAUACAGGUAGUGGCCUAGAAGCAGAAUGCUAGCUGGCGCAGAGCCGGCGCCGUCAGAAGUAUUUCUCCAGUAGGAGUUCUGGAUAUUUGUCAUGUGUAAGUAAUAUGCAUCAUUGUUAAGAGCAGGGUAUGUGACUGGGUAGUAAUACCUAAUUACGAUAAUUGUUGGCGACGUAAUAACGAAGGGACGAUGGCCAUCGUAAUUAUGUGAUACGUACAUUCUGUGAGUAAUUCGUGGAAGAUUAAGGACUUAAAAUGUUGAAGUGGGGUUGGAGGCGAGUUGGUUUCCCACAGUGGAUUUCGUUUCUCAUCUGUUUUAUUAUCAUCGAAACAUGUGAAGUUCUACAAAUAACUGCCACUACAACUCACGCAUCAACAUCCAAACCGGAGCUACGAAGAAGCAGAGGAGAGAUUUGGAACACACACACUCGUUUACCAGGUGAUAUAAGGUGCUUCUGCAACCUGCCACCGUGUGUUUCUACCGGAUACAUGUGCAAGUCAGAAGGUGGAGGGUGUUUCUCUGAUCUUGAGGAUUAUUCAGAUGUGUAUAAAGCAAGGCAUGGAUGCCUUGAGAUGUUAGAUGGAGUUCGUCAAGAUCAGUGUCAUCAGCCAGGUUCUAGUCGCAGUCUGUCCCAGAUGCUGUGGUGCUGCCACAAAGACAUGUGCAAUCACAUUGACAGUCCAGAAAAUAAGCUGAGAUUCAAUGAUAGUUUUCCAGGUUCCAUACUGAACACAAGUGAAGAUCGACUGUACCUCAGUGGAGCAGCACAAACCCCAGCAGGCUACAAUAGCAAUGAAGUCUGGUUCAAAGCUGCAACUAUUGCAGUUCCAAUCUGUGGAACUCUGAUCCUUUUCAUUCUCAUUGCUCUUGCCAUUAGGAUCCUUCGCAGAGAUGGUAUUGAACAAGGCUUUAUGCAUGGUGGUAAACAUGGAAGCAGUUUCUUUCCGCCAACAGCUGGCCAUGCAACCAGGAGACCUAACCAGUACCAUCUUCGUAACCUUGAUGACAUGUCUUCCAAGAAAGUGCCACUCCUGCUGCAACAUCACAAUGAAUCUACAUCAGCAAAUUGCAAUACUGUACUACCAACAUCCCAGUGUAUUAUGUUAAUGCACUCUGAUAAUACACUCACUCAGACUAAGAUAGGAAGUGUCAGAGGACCACAGUAUGAGAAGAAUGAGGCGAAUGCUAAACUGAACUUAGCAGGGAAACCUCGCUUGCAGAAUCAUCCCAUUGAUUACACAUUACUAGUCCAGCCACAGCAUCAGAGACAAGAUCUGAACUCCUCUCCCAUCAACCUUCUCCACAAACCAAACAAUAACACUGCAAAUAGUAACCUAUAUCAGAAUGUGAAUCUGGCACUAGGUGGAACCCCAUCAAAUCACAUACCUUCGUCCACAGAUGUAAAACUUUAUAAUAAGCAGCACUUGGAUUCAGUGGUAACAUGGGGAGAAGCUGCCAGAUCAGCAAGUCAUGUAUAGCAGAUGGUGUUUACGUUAGAAUAUUCUCUGUUCUAUUGUUCCUCAUUUUUAUUAGGCAUUGGAAAAUAAGCGGAAGAGUUGCAUUGGAUGUGAUGUCUCUCCCAUAAUGAAUCUGCUUCUUGCAAGUGACAGAAUGUGGCAGUGACCAGCCCCUUGAGGAUUAUGUACUUAAAGACUGCAAGUGUAAUUAUCCAAAAAGUAUAGUAUUUUCAUUGUAACUUGUCUCAUUUGACUUUUCUUGGUGACAAAAUUGUUUUGAUGCAGUUACAUAUUUACAAAUGAAUACUGAAGGAUUAGUUCAGAAAAAGUUAAUGACAGUUAUAUUUCAAAUUUGCCUUAAAUUUGUUAUGAUACAUGUUUCCCAGUGCAGAUACACAAACUUAUAGCAUGAUGCUUCUUCAGUAGAUAAGUUUGUCAAGUAUAUUACAAAGUUUCAGAACAUUCAGUUAUAGAGGAUCACAUUUGAACAUUCUUAUUGCAAUAUGACUGCACUCUUCUCCCACGAUAUAGUUUCCAUGUGUUCUGAAAUAUUGUUGAGACAUUCUGAAGUAUAUUAGAGAAAAUAUAGCUAAUUAUUUUAAAAGGAUUAACUGCUUUCGAAUAUGGAGUUCAAUCAUCAUUGCAUAUUUCCUGUGUAUGAUAAAUAUAUUUUGUUAUUUUGAAGGAACAAUAUUGGUUUCUAAUUGUUGUUUAGCUAGACACCACAGCUGUUCAAACAUGACACCCAUUUCAUAUAUAUUUUUUAUUAGUCAUUACACUGCACUGCAGUUUUGUAUGUCUGUAAGUUUAUGCUCAGUCGAAGUGUAAUCAUUAUUAAAAAUGUGAGGAGGGAUGAAAAAUAAAUGACACAGGCCUUAUAUACCAUUAUGACAAUACAAAAUGCCUAAAACAAUCUGAACGUUUAACUGAAAGAAUAUUUUUUCCAUGAUAAGGAAAUAUGUUUGAAUAUUAGAUGUUCUUCAGGUUUCUUCAGUGUUCACUAUUUUCCCUGUGGUUGUACAGUCUUUAAGAAUCUGAGAGUAUGAACAAGUCAGUGAUCGUGAUACAAACACUUCUUAAAAGAAUUUUGCAGCAUUGUAGUGAGAAAUAUAUUUCACUGAAUGCUUCACACCCUUUGUAGAAAAUUGAAGCUCUCUGUCAGAAGUGGAUAUUGUAUCCAUUGUGCCCUUUCAAGUCACUAGACCUCAUAUGUGUAAGCAGUAAAAACUUUAAUUUUAGAUGCAGGUAAAUAUGGCUUUGAAAUAGGCACCUGUUACAAAUAAUAUUUUUGACUUAACUUUUGUUUGUAAUUUAUAAUUGAUUCUUUCAAUAAUUACUACCAUGUUGAUUUUCAGUGAAUAUUUUAAAAGAUUGUUUUUGGUAAACACCAUCCUUUUUGUCAUGAAUAAGUUUGUAAGCUGAGAUAAAGACCUCUGGAUCUCACUUGACAAUGUAUGAUAUUCUGUUGAUAUGUAUUCAAUUUUCAGAUUUUGAUUUGUUGAAAAUUCAUAUAAUUAUUGCUGUACAGCAUAAAUAUUCUAACUUACAGCACAAGUAUUCUCAACUACCAGCCAUUUUUAGUUUGUAAUUUUCUCAACUCCUGAACAAAGUAUGGUUACAUAAACAUGGAAACAGUUUUGGUAUGAAAUAAACCUUUACAUGCAAAAAUAUGCAUUUUUGAGCAUUAUGAAGCUGCUUAAGUUUAUUCAUAUGAGAAAGCAUGUAUAUACUGUACUACUUUGAAUAUAACACACCCUUGAAUUUGA